AUGGCGGAUAGAGAUCUUGAUGUCGAAGAGUUGAUGCCCUUAAGAAAACGCCUUUCUCUUCGUCCCGAGAUCGAGCCGCAACAACAACAACAAGAAGUAGAAGAGCUGCCUGAGAACUUCAAGAACAAGAUCAUAGAGAUGAGAGGAACAGAAGAGACACAAUAUUCAACAAGACAUAUAAAAACAGUUCUUCUACGAGAUAUUGAUAUUGAUAAAGGCGAAUCACGUUUAUCUAUUCCCUUGAGUAAACUCUUGAGACACAGUUUUCUGACGUUGGAUGAAAAGGAAACGCUAGAAGAACGAAUAAAAGGGAAUAUGAAAGGAAGUUUAAAUGUGAAAGUGACCGAUCCGAGUUUAGAAGUAUGGGAGUUAAAGUUUAGAAAAUAUGAUAUGGUUCGGGACAAGUCAUAA